UCAGCACUUCAAACUUUAGUUGCGGAAAAAGAAACGCCCGAGAAGCUCCUCCGUUUACCACCUCGAAACUCCGGCGACUCUCUGAAGCUUCGCCGUUUCGCCGGACGAACCGUCUCUCUCCAAUCGAUCGGUCCCCAUGGAGGUCUCGUCCUUGUAGCCUCCGCUUCGUCGCCGUCGGAGUCUCGGGAUUCGCGGGGAGGAGCUGGGAAGGGCUGUUGCAGGGAGUGGCAUGAUGGGAUUUUGCAUAUGCCCGUUGGAUACUCCGGCGAGGUUGCUCUGGAGCACCAGCUUCUUCCGCCACAAGCUCAUGUUGUUCUAAUUUUUCGCGACAUCCCUAGCUCGUGUUUACUAGUACUACUAUCUAUAGUACCGCCGGUCGCGGGCUAAGCGGUCUCGUGUCUCGCCGGAGUCGGAAUCUCCUUCCGGCGGGCCUCGCCAGAGGAGUGACUCUCCGGAGAUUUGCGACGCGGACGAAAGUACAGAGAGAUUGAGAGGAUGAAUUCUAUGGAGUCCGGACGAUUUCUCUUUGAUCAAUCUGCGUGCCACGGCAACAUGCUGUUCCUUGGGAGCAGAGAUUCGCUUUUUGGAGGAGGGGGAUCAGCUAUGGGAAUUGAGGAGGCCGUGAAGAGGCAAUCGAUUUUUAGCUAUCCUGAUGAACUUUACAACGAGGAAUAUUAUGAUGACCAGGCACCGGAAAAGAAGCGCCGCCUCACUCCUGAGCAGGUGCAUCUGUUGGAGAAGAGCUUUGAAGCAGAGAACAAGCUGGAACCAGAGAAAAAGACCCAGCUGGCAAAGAAGCUGGGCAUGCAGCCGAGGCAGGUGGCUGUGUGGUUCCAGAACCGUCGAGCCCGGUGGAAGACAAAGCAGCUCGAGAGGGACUAUGAUGUCCUCAAGUCAUCUUAUGACUCCUUGCUCUCGAAUUAUGACUCCAUCAAGAAAGAGAAUGAGACGCUCAAAUCUGAGGUCAAUUCCCUGAACGAGAAGCUGUCACCCAAAGAUGUCGCCGGAGCACCGGCCUCGGGUCAAAGUCCACAUGCACUUCAAGUGGAGGAAACCCGAGAUUCAUCCCUCGGGCUUGUGAUGAAGGUGGAGGACCGCCUGAGUUCCGGAAGUGGCGGGAGCGCCGUGGUGGAUGAGGAUGGGCCGCAGCUUGUGGACAGUGGCCAUUCCUAUUUUCAAUGCGAUGACUACCCAGGAUGCUUGGUAGCCAUCGACGGGGUGGCGUCGGAGGAGGAUGAUGGAAGCGAUGAUCGCCGGGUUUACUGCUCGGGGAUUUUCGCCGCAGCUGAAGAGCCGCAUCAAGAGGGAGGCGUGCCUAUGGGGUGGUGGGCGUGGCCCUAGUUUUAGGUUUUUACCUCGGUGUCUAUGUUCUCAGUAAAUGGUUCAAGUCACUAUGUACUCGUGACCCUAUGCAAUGUUCCACGAAGGCGAGGAAACUGUAAAACUUUACCGGUGUAGCUGAAAUCCUGAAAACUGAACUUUGGAAAUGAAUAAAACCGAAAUGUUCGGUC